AACACACCAGAAGCUCAUCCCAGGCAACACCACUGGCAAAAUGCAGGUCCUACUAUUGCUGAUGGUUCUUCUCUUGCCUUUAGGAGCUGGAGCUGAGGAGAUUAUUGGUGGUACUGAGGCUAUACCACACUCCCGCCCUUACAUGGCCCAUCUGAAGAUUAUCAAUUACCAAGGUAGCACAGUCCUCUGUGGUGCGUUUCUCAUAUCCCCACAAUUUGUGCUGACUGCUGCACACUGCAAAGGAAGUGAAAUCACUGUCAUUCUUGGAGCUCAUAAUGUGAGCAAGACAGAAUCCACACAGCAGAAGAUAAAAGUUGAAAAACAAAUUAAUCACCCAAACUUUACUUGGAAUUUGCAUUUCAAUGACAUCAUGCUACUGAAGCUUGAAGAGGAAGCUAAGUUGACUCCUGCUGUGAAUGUAAUUCCCCUGCCUGGUCCCUCUGACUCUAUCAAGCCUGGGGAGACGUGCUGGGCAGCAGGCUGGGGGCUAACUGGAGUUACAGGAUCUGCAUCAGAUACUCUGAGGGAGGUAGAUCUGAAAAUCAUGGAUAAAGAGGCCUGUGAAAAACAUAAGUAUUAUGAUGAUGACGUCCAGGUCUGCGUAGGCAGUCCCACAGUGUUAAAUUCCGUAUACAAGGGAGAUGCUGGGGGACCUCUAGUGUGUGCUGGUGUGGCCCAUGGUAUUGCAUCUUACAAUAUUUAUCCAUUUGAAAAGCCCCCUUCAGUCUUCACUCGAAUCUCCUCAUUCAUGCCCUGGAUUAAUGAUAUCUUAAAGGGAAAGUAGCUAAAAAGCCUGAGCAGCCUGAGACAGAGUCUCCAAGCCUGAGCUUAUGUGGUACUCUUUGAGUUCAACACUGCCAGUACCAGCCUGUCCCAAGCCUACUCCCAGGCUGCCCCUGGCCUAUCCCCAAGACAAUCUCAAAGAUGAACAAAUCUGUGAUGAUGGAUCAUUCCCUGUAAUGCACCUCAAUAAAAACAUGAUCUCUAGUA